UGACAUCACAUUGGACCGCCUGGACCGCCUGAUUUGUAACUUCGCUCAUGCAGAACAAGGGACCAAUACUUUGGUGCUCGCUAUCGCCAUAUUUAUAUAAGCUCUCGUUUCCACAACUCAUUACAAUCCCAGCUAUACGAUGCCAUCCGGUACUCAAGCCAUCAACCUCGCUCUUCCACCCAUUCGUGGCAGCACUCCAGGACCAUACUCUGUAGUUCAAACUAGCGGGCACUCCACGAGCAUCGCUCGAGCUCCGAAGACACUCGUGCCUUUCCCCGGAGACGCCUUCACUAAUUGUCUUCAAUCGCCCACCCUCCUGCACUCACUACAGAUUCAAGUUCUGCCAAUCACCACCGAGCGGAGCCAUAAUCUCGCUACUGAGGGAGAUAUCGAACGGGCUGCCGCAAUUUACCUCCUCCACGAUGUUAACCUCAUCAUUGAGGAUCUCUUGAUCAAUCGCCUCCACAUCAAUCCUGCAGCUGUUGAAUGCCUUGGGCAGUCCACUACUGGCACGUCCCGCCCAGAUAUCAAGUACGUAGUCAAUGGCCGUACCAUUUUGAUCGUCGAGUACAAACACACAGACUCACUUCGGGACAACGACUGGACAGAGUUUGCGCUCGUCAGACCGAACCGAACUGCCCAGCAGAUCAUCAACAGCAUUCCCGCGGGUGUCCAAACCGCCUUGAGAGACAAUGCCGCUAUCAUCUCCAAGCAAGCCAGUAAAUACAGCUCUCAAUGUGGCCUCGUCGUCCUUUGCAACUAUCAGAACAUGAUCGUUCUCGAUUUUACACCUGGGCACAACAACGCUCGAUGGAACGACCUAACGGACCCCGUUAAGUACUACUUUUCCAACGGGCAGACGAUGACCCACAAGCGACUCCUUUUGGCCACAUUAAUAUAUGGUUUGAGGAAAGUGGGGAUCAAUGUUUGAAGGACCUUGGGGGUCGUAGUUGUAUAGUGGUACUCUCGAUGUUCCAUGGUUCAUAAGAAGAGUAUCUAUUACCCGGCUCCCAAAAUUGAGGAAUGUAGUUCAGUCAACAUAAUUGAGAAUUUGAGUUUCAGAUUUUUCCGGACCCACAUCCGGAGAACUACGGAGCGCCCGUAAUCGUCCUACGUGUUCAACU